AUGGUUCCUUUAGAAGACGGAGAGGGGGUCGGGCUUCUGCUCCUGCAAUCAUGUGCGGAGCUGUCAGUGCGGCCAGCCAAUCAGAGGCGGCGGAGGGAGACGCUCGCGCGCCGGGGCUCCGGAGCGCGCGCCGCUGCCCGCCGCUGCACAGUCCUCCCCGGGAAACGCCGACCUCCCGGAUUUUACCGGCAAACCCUGGCCUACAACCACUCACCUUGCCACGAUAUCAGCGGUAAAUCUUGUGCUAAGCAGGCCAAAGACUCUCAACAGAAGGAGGUAACCAGACGCAUUUCUCUGGCCACUCCCAAGCAGCUCUUCAAGGCAUCCAACAUGACCCAACGCUGGCAACGGCGUGAGAUAUCUAACUUUGAGUACUUGAUGUUUCUCAACACCAUCUCUGGUCGCACCUAUAAUGACCUGAACCAGUACCCAGUCUUCCCCUGGAUCAUCACCAACUAUGAAUCAUCAGAACUUGACCUCACCCUGCCCAGCAACUUCAGAGAUCUGUCCAAGCCCAUUGGUGCUCUGAACCCCAAGAGGGCAGCAUUCUUUUCAGACCGUUACGAGUCCUGGGAGGAUGAUCAGGUGCCCAAAUUCCACUAUGGCACGCACUACUCCACCUCCAGUUUCACCAUGAUGUGGCUCCUACGCAUGGAACCCUUCACCACCUUCUUCCUCAACUUCCAAGGGGGGAAGUUCGACCACGCUGACCGCACUUUCUCCUCAGUCUCCAGGGCCUGGAGGAACUGCCAGAGAGACACAUCUGAUGUAAAGGAGCUGAUUCCAGAGUUCUUCUAUCUUCCUGAGAUGUUUGUCAACGCAAGUAAUUACAAUCUAGGUGUGAUGGAGGAUGGCACAGUAGUCUCUGAUGUGGACCUUCCGCCUUGGGCCAAGAGCCCUGAAGAAUUUGUGCGCAUUAAUCGACAGGCUUUGGAGAGCGAGUUUGUAUCCUGCCAGCUUCACCAAUGGAUUGAUUUGAUUUUCGGCUACAAGCAGCAGGGGCCCGAAGCAGCCAGAGCCCUAAACGUGUUCUAUUAUCUGACUUACGAAGGAGCAGUCAACCUCAGCACCAUCAACGACCCCAUGCUCAGAGAGACCCCGCUGAUGUUCACGGAGCAGAUGCAGCAGGAUGUGAUCAUGGUGUUGAAGUUCCCAUCCAAUUCGCCCGUGACCCACAUAGCGGCCAACACUCAGCCAGGUCUAACGUCACCUGGAAUCAUCACGGUCACUGCCAACCGCCUCUUUGCUGUCAACAAGUGGCAUGGCCUGACAGGUCAACAGAGCUCAGCCGAGCAGCAGUACCAACUUCCUGUGGAAAUUGACCCUCUGAUAGCCAGCAACGUGGGCACUCAUCGUCGUCAGAUCUCAGACCUGCUGGAUCAGAGCAUUCAGAUCAGCUCCCAGUGUUUUGUCAUCACAGCCGACAACCGCUUCAUCCUUCUGUGUGGCUUCUGGGACAAGAGCUUCCGGGUCUACUCCACCGACUCAGGCAAACUGACACAGAUAGUGUUUGGGCAUCGAGACGUGGUGACGUGCCUUGCCCGCUCCGAGUCGUACAUCGGAGGAGACUGCUACGUCCUCUCAGGCUCCAGGGAUGCCACGCUACUGCUUUGGUACUGGAACGGGAAGAACAGCAGCAUUGGAGAGAGCCCAGGCAGUAAGAACACAGCCCAAUAUGGCAGCACACACACACACACACACAAACACGUAGAGGUAUUCUCUGAGUGCUCCCUCUCCCAGACAGUUGUGACUGUGUGA